AUGUCCGACCUUCCUUCCAGUUUCGAUAACGGUAACAGCAUUGACGAAAACGAAAAGUCUCCCGGAUACUACAAGAUUCUCGAGCGAUGCAAGGAGCAGCCCCUUGUCCCCCUUGGCUGUCUUGCUACCUGUGGAGCUCUGAUCCUCUCUGCGCGAGCCCUGCGAGUGGGUAACAAGCGCCAGGCCAACCGAAUGUUCUUUGCUCGAGUGGCGUUCCAGGGUCUGACUGUGGCCGCCCUUAUUGGAGGAGCUAUGUACUACGGCCAGGACCCCAAGCAGAAGCUGGAGCAAAAGGAGCGUGAAAAGAUGCUUGCUCGACACCGAGAGAAGCUGUGGAUCGAGGAGCUCGAGCGACGAGACCUGGAGGUCCAGGAGCGACGAAAGCGAGCUGCUGCUUUCCGUCAGCAGGAGGAGGAGAAGUAG